AUGAGUGCGGUGUGCGAGGCACAUUUUGAGCCACGUCAUGUUAUCCGAGACUUUGUCCACAUCAUAAACGGCAAAGAAGUCAGGCUGCCCCGUGAGCGGCCAAAGCUAGCCGUUGGAGCGGUACCUGUCGGAGUCAGCGCAGGGCAUCGACUGCAGGGCGAUGGAGGGGAAGAUACCAAGCAGCCGACGCAUCCUGAUCACACCAAACUGUUCGGCACAGCAACCUUGGAUGUCACUCAAGAGACCCGUGGAAAAUGCCGACCGUGUGCCAAAGGAAGGCUGUCCAUCAUGAGAAAAAAGUAUGAGCUGAGCCGUUCCGGCGCUACAAAACGCAGUCGCUACCGCCAACAGAAGAACCUGAGACAGCAGCACCGGCGACUAAAAGCUAGACUAUCGAACGUGAAAGAAAAACUGCAGGCGAUGACGAUCCAGUGCAAAGGGGUGAAGCAAGCCACGUUUGAAGAAAGUAUUGAAGGCAUGCCUCAAAAGCAAAGAGAAGCAGCACUCCAUUUUUUCCGUGCUUCCAAACGAAAAAGCACCCGGGGCAUGGAAUUCACACAGGAUUGGAUUCUAGAGUGUCUGCUCAUGAAGAUGAAGAGUCCAAAGCUGUACAACUACAUGAGGAAGAACAAAAUUCUAGUUUUACCUAGUGAAGAUACUUUAAGGAAAUAUUUAAGCUCGUAUAAGACUGGCUUCGGUUUUUGCACAAGAGUCCUCAGGGCCCUCAAAGAACGAACCAGAGGAAUGGACGCCUUUAAGAGGCACGGAGGCCUUCUAGUCGACGAACUGAAAUUGUCGGAGCACUUGUCAGUUACAUCUGCAGCCACAAUUGAAGGUUUGGUAGAUCUGGGCCGCUUUACACCGCCAAGAGAAAAAUAUGAGCCAUGCGACCACGGCAUGGUAAUUAUGUUUGCGCCAUUCACAGGCAAGUGGACGCAGGUUCUUGCAGUGUUCGCGACACAUGGAAACGUGAAAGGCGAGUUGCUUGCAAAGCUGCUGGUCGAGGCCGUAUUACUCGCAGAAGAUGCAGGCCUUUUCGUUGACUUCGUGACGUGCGACGGUGCCACGUGGAACCGUAAGAUGUGGAAAGUGCUGGGAAUUGGAGCGACUUCAGCCUCUAUUAAGUGCAGAAUGAGGCAUCCGAAAGACGCUAGUCGCUACCUCCAUUUCCUUUCAGACUUUCCACACUUGGUGAAGUGUCUGCGCAACAACCUGCUCUGUCACGACUUCGAGACUCCUGAUGGCCUGGUAUCCUUAGACACCGUCAAAAAUGUCUACGACAUGGAUGGAAGCGCCGUGACACUUCGCGUGAUGCAUGGAAUACGCGAGGCCCACCUGAACCCAAACAACUUCGAGAAAAUGCGCGUCACGUACGCCUACCAGCUGUUCGGUCCCCAAGUAAUCCGUGGCCUGCGUUUUUUCCAGCAAGAUGUGGAGCAAGGAACAGGCAGUUGCAUACAGCCAACGCUGCGGUUUUUUGAGUGA